AUGGAAGGCUACGGCGUGUCACAACAAACAGACGAGGGCUAUUCCGAAGACCCCCUGAACCCGCCCUCGCCCACCACCCUGUCUCUUCCCUCCGGCGUCAAGCAGCUCGAAUCCGCAACGGGCGCCUCCCCGCUGCAACUCAAAGGAUGGCUGUCAGCGCACAUUGCCAGCCUGCCCGCCGACCUGAGGACUCAACUGACCCUCGAGCUCCUCGACAACCUGCCCACCAGCCUCGUUGCCGAGAUCGUCGAGAAGAUGAGCCCGCGCCUCUACAUCGACUUCAUCAGGUACCUGCCCGCCGAGAUCUGCCUCAAGAUCCUCGGAUAUCUCGACCCCAUAUCCCUCCUGUCUGUCGCCCAGACAUGCCGGCCAUGGUUCAGCCUGGCCCUCGAUCGCACCUUAUGGCAGCGCCUGUACCUGAUGGAGGGAUGGAGAGUGAUCGCGUCCGAGAUCGAGGCAGCCGAGGAGAUGGCCAACAGGAGGACCUCGCCCGGCUCCAUGCACCGCCAAAAGUCGGAGGAGGAUGGCCACACCCACAAGAAGCGGGCCGUGUCCCUGGACGACGAUGAUGACCACAUGAUGAUGGAUGCCGACCACCCCCUGACCGCCGAGCCCAAGACCCUCGAGGUCGACGAGUCCCUCUUUGGCGGCAGCUCUGCCAGGACCACCAUGACGCCGGCUUUCAGGGACCUCAACAUGCAGGGGUCCGGGUCGAGCGCCGGCUCCUUCAUGAGGAUCAAGACCCUCGAUAAGGGCAAGGGCAAGGCAGUUUCACGGACCCCGACCGAUGCGCUUUCUCCGUCCACCUCCUCUUUCAAGUCGAAACUCUGGAUCUACGAUCCAUCGUCUGGCAAGCAGAAGAUCAACUGGCAAUACUUGUACUCUAUGCGGAUGAAGCUCGAAACGAACUGGGAGCAGGGCAACUUCAAGAACUUCCAAUUGCCUCAUCCGGACCACCUGGAUGAAGGCCACAACAAUGAGUGCAUCUAUAGUCUACAGUACAACGAAGAAUACUUGGUGAGCGGAAGUCGCGAUCGCACGCUGCGGAUAUGGAAUCUUGCCACGAGGCGGCUGGUUCGGAAGCCGCUCGUCGGCCAUAUCGGCUCUGUCCUGUGUCUCCAAUUCGACUCCGACCCAGACGAAGAUAUCAUUGUCUCGGGUAGCAGUGACUCGGACGUGAUUGUUUGGCGCUUCUCCACCGGUGAGAUCAUCCAACGACUGACACACGCGCAUCGAGAAUCAGUGUUGAACGUAAAGUUCGACAAGCGCAUACUUGCGACAUGCUCCAAGGACAGGACUAUCAAGAUCUUCAACCGCCGUGCACUGAAAGCAGGCGACCCGGGCUAUGGCAUGGUCAACCCGGUGCCUACCACUGUGAAGCGGUAUGGAUAUGAAUCCUCACCGCUAGAUCAGCUUCCUACAAUCCCACCAUUCACCAUGAUCGGAGUCCUCGAGGGCCAUAGUGCGGCAGUGAAUGCGGUGCAAAUAGUAGACAACGAGAUCGUCUCGGCCAGUGGCGACCGUCAGAUCAAGGUUUGGGACUGGCAGACGGGAGCUUGCAAGAGAACAUUUGUUGGUCACAACAAGGGUAUUGCCUGCGUGCAAUAUGACGGCAAGCGCAUCGUCUCUGGUAGUAGUGAUAACGAGGUGAAGGUUUUCUGUCGGGAGACGGGUAUAGAAGUUGCCAGCCUCAGAGACCACACCGACUUGGUCCGCACCGUGCAAGCUGGCUUCGGUGACCUCCCGUGGAGCGUAGAAGAGGACGCUGCCGAGGCCAAACGAGUGGACCAGGCAUACAUGAAGGCGGUAGAGGACGGCGAGGUGUCCUCGUCGCCGCGUCGUGGCCGCCCUGGAAACGCCGGCAGCACAGAUCCCGAGGAGAUAACGGCUUACGGAGCCAAGCUGCCGCCUGGAGGAGGUGGCGGGAGACGAUGGGGUAGGAUUGUUUCCGGGUCGUACGACAAAUCCAUCAUCAUUUGGAGGCGGGACAAGACGGGCAAAUGGAAGCCGCAGCAUCACUUGAAGCAAGAGGAGGCUGCAUCCAGAGCGCUGCACUCACACCCUCGCCCGCCGCCUGAUCCUCCAGCACCCGGCAAUCACCCUGGAGGAGCAGGAAACGGCCACGGUGCUGGUAACAAUCCGAGAAGACAACAGCCUCCCUCAGACUGGGCCCCAGCACCUAUCCUUCGACCGCGUGCUACGAGGGCAAGCGCGUCCAGUUCGAUGGCUGCCAACCCGUCGAGCUCCUCAGCAGCCUCAGGUUCGUCGACGCCGGCCGGUUCAUCAAGGUCUCAACCAGAAUUGUCGGGCUCCUCAGCUCAGGCGAACACGAGCGCGUCCCGGCCUCGAUUUUCGCACCCUGUCAUGCCGCGGAAUGUAGCUCCGGUGCCCUCAGACCAAAUCACACAUGUCACCUCGCCAGUCAUGGCAACCAUAACACCUUCAUCGCAGCGUUCCUUCGCGCAGCUGAUCGAUCUCAUUGUCCCUCAGGGCGUCCACGCCCUCCAGCAAGCCUUGACCAACUACCCUACCAUGCUCACUCUGCAGAGCCAUCUGCAGGCCGCCAUUGACCGCGAGCAGAGUCCGUUUGUCCGGUCACAGCUGCGGCAGGUUGUCAGCGCCGCGACGGUCCGGACGCAGGUAGCGCAGGCCAGGGCUCGCCAGCAGGGGAUGCAAGCUCUCCAGGCGGCUGAUGCUACUGCCAUCAACGGCCCAGAUGACGAUGCAGGGGCAGGAAGCUCCUCAAACGCCGCUGCCGCUGUCGCAGUCGCUGCCGCUGCUGCCGCCGGGAUCCCAAGCUCAGUCCAGGCCGCAGCCCCUCCUGCAGGCGGCGCCCCAGGCAACGUGGCCGGCGGACCACCACCUGCCGGCGGCCAGCACCGGCUCAACCACCACGGGGCGCCCGAGGUGGGGAUGCCGACGAGGAUCUACAAGCUUCAAUUUGACGCCCGGCGGAUCAUCUGUUGUAGCCAGACGAGCGUGAUCGUGGGCUGGGACUUUUGCAACGGGGACCCAGAGCUGGAGGAGGUUGCUAGAUUCUUUGCUACUAUGGAUUAA